GCUGACAACGAGGGAGAAGAAGACGUGGAAGACAACCCAAUUAAUCUGGGAUCUAGGCACAGGUCUAAGUUUGCUGGUCAGAUCUACGGCAGGCCCAUAGACGAGUCGCCUUUUAGCAUCAUGGCGCAGCGACAGGCACUCCGGCGGGUUAGCAUCGCCUGGCACCGCUUUCUACAGUUCAGCUCGACAUUAAAGACGCCGCCUGCAAAGGGGACCCGGGCCGCUGAAGCUAGAAAGGAGGCGGUGGAGGAACAGUUCCGGCGCUGGAAGCAGAUGCGGAGGGUGGACGUUCAGGCGGCGCUCGAGCGGCUGCAGGGGAAGGGCAGCACGUUCAGAAGCGUGCAGCAGCCCGCCAUAGAGGCCAUCAUGAAGCAGAAGAGCCCCGUGGUGGUGAUCAUGGGCACAGGCGGAGGCAAAAGCGCGACAUUCAUGCUGCCGGCGUCGUGCUCCACCGGCGUCACGAUCGUGGUCGUCCCCGUGGUUGCGCUCAAGCAGAACAUGAUGGAUCGCUGCAAAGCCGCUGGGAUUGACUGCGUCCUGUGGGACAGCCAGCGGCCGCACGAGUGGGCUUCGAUCGUGCUGGUGGUGCCCAAGUCCGUGGCCACGCUAGCAUUCGAGCAGUUCAUCAACCGGCAGCGAUCCAUGGGCUGGCUGGACCGCGUUGUCAUCGACGAGUGCCACACCAUACUGGACUCAGUCAAGGGCUGGCGGACCAAGGUGCUGAAGCUGCGCGAGCUGGUCAAGGCGGAAACGCAGCUCGUGUGCUUGACGGCGACGCUGAAACCCACGGAGGAGAGCGAGUUCAUCCGGCUGAUGGCGCUGCCGCCAAAGGAGCAGUGCGAGUGGUUUCGUGCACCAACGAGCCGGCCCAACCUUGCGUACAAGGUGCACUGGUACAACCAUCGAGAAAAGAGCGAAGCCGACGUGCUGGCGGAGCUGGUGGAGGAGAAGAAGCAACAGUACCCGCUGCCCGGCCAGAUCGUGGUGUACACCGACUCCAGAAAGAAGGCGCAGGGGUACGCUGCGAUGUUGGGAGCAGUCUGCUACCACCGCGAGGUGGGCACGCCGGAGGAGAAGCUGGAGAUCUUGCGCCAGCUCACAGAAGGGACAGAGCACGUGUUUGUGGCGACGAACGCGCUGGGGCUAGGGAUCGACAGAGAGACCGUCAGGGCAGUCUUGUUCGCUGGGUCGAGGAACACGCAGAAAAUGCGCGACGUGGUGCAGAUGGGAGGACGUGCAGGCCGCGGCGGGCUUCCCAGCGAGGUCAUUUUCAUCAGAGGCGCCACGUACAGCCCGCAAGGCAAGCGAUACGCUAGCGGCUGGGCCAAAGACACAGAGGAGGGUGUGCGCGAGCUCGUCGAGGGUGACGGCUGCAUGAGAGUCAUCAUAGAUCGCGAGAUGGACGGAAACCACACCAGAGAGGGCUGCGAGCCAGGAGAAGAGCCGUGCGGCCGGUGCCAGCUGCGGGUGCACAGCGCUGGAGCAGAGGUAGAAGCAGCCGUGGGCGACGAGGACGAGACAGAGAGGGCCGAG